AUGAAGGUUGUGAUAGCCGUAUUACUGUUGAUAUGUCGGUGUAUAGAUGGCAAUGUCAUUCGUAGCAGUGUCCAACCUGCGGUUAAUGAGGAUACCGCAGUGGGAAGUGCUGAAGCGAUUGGUGCAACCUCAACGAAAAAAUUCAAAGAUAUGAACAAUGACCGAGAAUUCAAGCCAUGGGCAAUGCCUAACAGUGGGAAUGAUAGGAACGCUCAGUACCAAGGAUUUAAAGGCACUGAUAAUGAGCAUGGAUAUGCGUACAAUUCAACUAGCUAUACCUACCAAAGAACAAAAGAGCCGUCUCAUGAAAACAACAGCAAGAAUAAGCGGAAGAACAUUGAAAAGAAGGGAACAUUAGAGCUUAACGGUAGAGAUCGCAAUGUUGAGGAAUAUAGUAAUAAAAGCUAUCGCGGAGGUGCCGGAAAUGAUAGUAAAUCAAGCAGAUAUUACAAGCCUGAAGAACUUAAAAAGUUAGAAAGAGGAAGACGAGAAACCAACAAA